CAUUUUACACGUUCGUGCUUCGAGAAAUUAGAGAAUGGAGAUGGGUUGUAUGUGGAUGAGGCGCGUGCGGUCAGUGGUUCUUGUAAAUCACCCUUCCAUGGCCUCCUCAUCUGCUUCGCUCUCAAUUCCUUACCCUAAUCGAUCUCAUCUCUCUCUUUAUCGAUCUCAUCUCUCUCUUUCCUCUCUAAAACAAACUCUCUUCAUCACCGACAACCCGCCCAAUCUCCAUCUCCACCUCACUUCUCUUUUCUCUUCCGUGCGUCGUUCCGUUUCGACCGCCGCUUGUUCAUCGUUACUACUUCCUGUUGAUAUGGGAAGUAGAUACAUGAAUGCUAUUCUAACCAAGGGUUCAAAGGGGCUUCUUAAGGGAAUGAAUUACAUUGAGCUUGAAAAAUGGGUUCAAUCUCGUGGAUUCAGACCUGGUCAAGCUAUGAUGCUGUGGAAGCGUCUUUAUGGGGAAAAUAUUUGGGCGCAUUAUGUUGAUGAACUAGAAGGUUUGAAUAAGGAUUUUAGGAAAAUGUUGAGUGAACACGCAGAAUUUAAGGCAAUAUCUUUGGAAGAUGUUCGUACUGCAUCUGAUGGAACUAAGAAGAUUUUAUUUAGGUUGAAUGAUGAACUGUUAAUUGAAACAGUCGUCAUACCUUGUGAUAGAGGUAGGACAACAGUUUGUGUUUCAAGUCAAGUGGGCUGUGCCAUGAAUUGUCAGUUCUGCUACACUGGCAGGAUGGGUUUGAAGAGACAUCUGACUACUGCAGAGAUUGUAGACCAGGUUGUAUUUGCACAACGUCUUGUGACGAGCGAUAAUAAUUUGCUUUGAAAUAUAUAUUUGCAGGGAAUGGGAGAACCACUUCAGAAUGAAAAUGUCAUAAAAGCUGCCGAUAUUAUGGUGCAUGAGCAUGGUCUUCAUUUUAGUUCUCGCAAGGUAACUGUUUCUACAAGCGGGCUUGUCCCCCAGUUGAAACGUUUCCUUCGUGAAUCCAAUUGUGCUUUAGCUGUUAGUCUGAAUGCGACAACUGAUGAGGUAAGAAACUGGAUCAUGCCAAUUAACCGGAAAUACAAUUUAAGCUUGCUUCUUACACCCUUCGGAAUUGACACCCUUCGGAAGGAACUCCAAUCCAGAAAGAAUUACAAAGUUUUGUUCGAGUAUGUGAUGCUUGCAGGAGUAAAUGACAGCUUUGAGGACGCAAAGCGGCUUAUUAAUCUUGUUCAAGGGAUUCCAUGCAAGAUCAAUCUCAUUCAAUUUAAUCCUCAUUGCGGAUCCCAGUUUAGACCAACCAGUACUGAGAAGAUGAUUCAGUUUCGAAAUAUUUUGGCAGAAGCCAAGUGCACUGUUUUCUUGCGACACAGUAGAGGCGAUGAUCAGAUGGCUGCCUGUGGUCAACUCGGCAAGCUCGGGACAAUCCAAGACUCCUUGAAGUUUGUUGAUACCGAACAGUUUCAGAGACUUCGCGAUCUGAAGCAAGUUGGUCUAACAUACAUGGUUUACCCAGGAGCUGUACAUUCGCGGUUUGAGCACUCAUUAGGUGUAUAUUGGCUUGCCAGUGAAACAAUUCAUAGAAUUAAAGCUCACCAAGGCUUGGAGCUUGAUAUUAAUAACUUCGAUACGAAGGCAGUGAAACUUGCUGGACUAUUGCAUGAUGUCGGACAUGGGCCAUUUAGCCACUUGUUUGAACGAGAGUUUCUACCCCGGGUUCUUAAUGGCCUUAAAUGGUCUCAUGAGGACAUGUCUUUGAGAAUGAUAGACUUUAUUGUAGAUGAACACCAUAUUGACAUUGAGCCCGAUUGCCUGAAGAAAGCAAAGGAGAUGAUCAUUGCUAGUGAACAUACUUCUCAAACGACGACAAAUGAAAAGAGGUUCCUAUAUGAUAUUGUUGCAAAUGGUCGAAAUGGAAUAGAUGUGGACAAGUUUGAUUACAUUGUCCGUGACUCCCGGGCUUGUGGACUGGGUUGUAGUUUUCAGUUUGAAAGGCUAAUGGAUACCAUGCAUGUUAUUGGAGACGAGAUAUGCUACCGUGCCAAGGAUUACUUGACUGUCCACAAGUUAUUCUCUACUCGUGCUGAUAUGCAUCGAACGGUCUAUACACAUGCAAAAGUAAAGGCAAUAGAACUCAUGGUUGUGGAUGCUUUAUCAAAAGCAAAUGAUUUUCUUGGGAUUUCAUCCUCAAUUCAAGACCCAGCUGAAUUUUGGAAGAUAGAUGACUCUAUUUUGAAAUGUAUUGAAACUAGUUCCCAUGAGGAGCUCAAAGAUGCAAGAGAUUUGAUCCAACGCAUUAGGAGAAGAGAUCUAUACCAGUACUGCAAUGAGUUCUCUGUCCCAAAAGAAGAGCUAGACCACUUCAAAGACAUCACACCGCAAGAUAUUAUUUGCUCCCAGCCCCAGAACUCUAAGAACGUUAACCUCAAAGAGGAAGAUAUUGCUGUGAGUGUUACUCAGAUUGAUUUGACAUGUGGAAGGAAUAACCCUCUUGCAAGAGUCCACUUUUUCAAGGACUAUGAGAGCAAGGAAAAAUUCACAAUAGAGGAUAAUCUCAUCAGCCACUUGCUGCCUGCUUCUUUCCAAGACAAGAUUGUGAGGGUUUAUGCUAAGAAUCCUGACCUGGUGGAUAUAGUUUCUAAAGCCUUCGAAAACUUUCAGACCAAGAAAUAUGGAAGAAAAGCUCAAGUACAUGAUACUCCUGGGAAGAAGAGAACUAUAUCACGUCGAUUAUUGCCUUAAUCAACAACAUUUCUCGCCUUACCUCACUAUUAGCUUUAUAGUACAUAUUAGCAUUGGUUGGAAAAGGUUUUAGGAAAAAAAAAAAUGCAGACUAGACUAGGUUGACCAAUCAGCAAAUGUAUAAAUCUGCACUUUUGUCGUCGUUUACCUGAGACCUCAGCUUAAUAUUGAACAUGUUUAUUUUGUGGUUAUACAAAUGGGUUAUGAUGUAAUUCUAAUCAAGGAAAUACGAUUUAUUAUGUUCGACUAAAAA